GAACAUCAAGAAUCCGGCCCGUGUCCGGGUUUCCGAAUACCCUCACCCCGACGUCGUCGACGACUGUGUGACCGAAACAACAAAACAUCAAAGGGUUAGAGCAUGCCUCAGUAACCUAACCAUGGGAUCCCUCCGAACCACAGUUGCCAUUCUUGGCCUGUGCCUAUUCUUGUUCUUCACCAAUGUCGCCACUGCCGAAAAAAUCAUCGAGACGCCACCAAUCAGUAUCAUGGAGGCCUUGGAGGGCUUGCCAGAAUGCGCUCUCACAUGCCUCGUCGACACCGUCAACUCCGUGGGAACAUGCGGCACUCUUACUCACCCCGUUCCCAACCUGGCCGACUGUGUGUGCCACAGCCAGCAAAUCAACGACGUUUCGGCCGCGUGUAUCCAUGGGGCUUGCACUGUGAAGGAAUCUCUUACCGCCAAGAACAUCACCUCAUACCUCUGCCACGAGCCCAUCAGGAAGAACAACACCAUCAUUCCCGUCCUUGCUGUGUUCCUCGGCCUUGCCCUGUUCGCAGUCGUUCUGCGCGUGCUGGCCCGUGUGUUGACCAGGGCUUAUUUUUGGUGGGAUGAUUUGUGCAACCUGUUCGCCUUCAUCGGUUGCAUUUGUUUCAGCACUCUCAAUUUCGAAUCGGUCAACCAUGGCUACGGUAUUGAUAUUUGGUUUGUCAAGUUUGACGAUAUCACCACGAUUUUGAGGUUAUUCUACGCCAACAUGUUGCUGUACACCGUUUCCCGCUUCUUUGUCCGGGCGUCCAUUAUUCUCUUCUACCUCCGCGUAUUCCCCAAGGACAACAAGCUCAGCCGCAUUCUUACCUGGACCAUGGUCUUCAACGUCGUCUACAACUUCAGCUUCUUGUGCGCCGUCAUCUUUCAAUGCCACCCCAUCAAGGAGUUUUGGUUGCAAUGGUCGGGAGAGACUAAAGGCCACUGUAAUAACGUCCCGGCAAUUGUCUGGUCAGCUGCCGCUACUGGUAUCAUCUUUGACGUUUGGUUGCUUGUCUUGCCGUUCCCUCAGCUCUUUGCUCUCAACCUCCACUGGAAGAAGAAGAUCAUGGGCUCUUUGAUGUUCAGCGUUGGUGCUUCUGUCAUGAUCAUCAGCUUGAUCAGACUCAAGACCAUUCCCACAUUCACGAGGGCCGAGAACCCAACCAAGGACAUUGCCGAUCUUUGCAUCUGGUCUGGCGUCGAAAUCGACGUCGGCGUCAUCUGCCCCUGUCUUCCCAGCAUGCGACUGCUGUUCCGCAAGCUGCUCCCCAGCCUCCUCGGGUCAACAAACAAGUACGAGCUCGAGCCCGUGUCGGCCAGCGCCAGCACCGCCAUCAACAGGAGUCUUGCCCGCAAGAGCAAGCCCAUGUUCAACGAGCCCACAACGACGGACCACGGCCACGACGGGUCGUCGAUAGGGACCAAGUUUACGCAUGAUGAUGACCACCCUUCGCAGCGGCACGGUGCGAGUUCCGAGAGUGUUACCGAGUUGGUUACUGACUCGGAUGAGGAUUUCAAGAAGAUGGGGUCCAAAGUAUGAAAGUUACCUUGUCUACGAAAAAAGUGCUGUUUUAAGCGGGGUUUUGCUUGGGAGUUUUCUUUUUCUUUUUUUUUUCUUUCUGUC